CGAAGGGCGCGGCGCAGUGCAUCCUGGGCCGGCGUAGCCAUGGCGGUUCGUGUCCUUUCUGUCUGUGUCCGUAGACUGCCUGCAGCCUUCGCGCAGCUGCCCCGGGUCCCCACACUGGCCGCGAUCCGGCCGCUCAGCACCACACUGUGUGCCCCGGGGACCCGGACAAGUCCCGGGGCUCCGCGGCCGGCCUUCGUGCCCGCGCAGGUUCCAGGUAGAGUUACACAGUUGUGCCGCCAGUAUAGCGAUGCACCCCCUUUGACGUUAGAGGGGAUCAAAGACCGAGUUCUUUAUGUCUUGAAACUCUAUGACAAGAUUGACCCAGAAAAGCUCUCGGCAAAUUCCCAUUUUAUGAAAGACCUGGGCUUAGACAGUUUGGACCAAGUGGAGAUUAUCAUGGCCAUGGAGGACGAAUUUGGGUUUGAAAUUCCUGAUAUAGAUGCAGAGAAGUUAAUGUGUCCACAAGAAAUUGUAGAUUACAUUGCAGAUAAGAAGGAUGUAUAUGAAUAAAAUACCAGAUCCGUUUUCUUCACUGAGAGCUUUGGAAGGUACUGGCAAGUGUCUGGAAGUGAGAAGACGUUUUGGCAUUAGUGCUGACUUUGACAGAGAAAAUCUGUCCCGACUUGUAUUUAAAUUGUCUAAGUGUCUUUGCCCUUUGAAAAUAAACUUGUAAAACGAA